CCCACCCCGACAGCACACACACAACUCGGGACUGGCGGAGGACGCUCCUGCUCCUAGUGUCCUCACUCCAGUAGAAAAGUUGAUACAAAUUUUCUUCAACUCGCACUAUUUAUACGUCUAUUUGCGGCACGAGAACAUUUCCCAUGAGUUGCAAGGCGCUUCCUAUCACUGCUCUGCUGGCGUCCACCGACAGGCAGACGAACUUUAUUCCAAAUUAGGGAAUAUAUUUUCCCAGUGCGAAGAGGAAGUGUGGGGAGCCCGCUUGCGGCAACAUCCGGGAGGAAUAAACCUUUAUGACCCACUUGCUUUUGAAGGAGUGAAUUGGGAUUUGACUGGAAGCUACGCAGUGUUCCCCGCACAUUGACAUUUUUUGGUUUAUCUUGUAAAAAGAAAAAAAUUGUAAGUAAACAUUGUACUGUUUAGUGAAUCGAAAGCGUUAAUAAUAAACUUGGUGACAAAGUUGAAGUGAUUUCAACGGGUGAGAAAUAGUGUUCCCGGGAGGCGGUGGUGCAGUGAGGGAGAUGAUGGAGCGGGUCGGACACCAGAGGGCGGAGCUGGACCAGCAGCGGCCUCGCCGCUCCUCCACCACCAACUCCAGCUCCGAGGAGAAGUAUGGCCUGCGUCCAAGGACCAUCAUCAAGAGGCUGCAGCAGGAGAGGGUUCGUCAGGAGGUGCCCAAGAGGACGGUGAGGCCCAAGGCGAGACCCGCGCCUCUGUCAAAGUACCGCAGGAAGACGGCCAACGCCAGGGAACGCCAUCGUAUGAAGGAAAUAAACAACGCAUUCGAGUCACUUCGCAAGGUUCUUCCUGACGUAGUAGAGGUUGAAGCAGCCUCGUCGUCCAUGACCAAGAUCACGACUCUGCGCCUCGCUGUGAACUACAUCAGGGCUCUGUCUCACGUCCUGGAGGAUGAAAGUGUUGAUGACAUCUCUUCUCUUCAGAGCUCACUCGAAUGUUCAUUCCAGAACUCCCUCCAGCAGUCGCUUGAGCGGUCCUUCUGCAAGACUAUAGCCCCCCAGGAAGCCUCCGUUAACUCCUUCCGCUACGAGCACUUUACGCCACCCUUCAGCCAGCAGUUUCUCCUUCAGGCGUCUCAAUUCUCGAGUUAUUACUCCAAUUCCAAUCAUUCAUCCACUAUUAGCUCGCCCUCGACAGUGCGGGGUUCGCUAGAUAGUGCCAGCGAUCUCGAGGACCUUCUCUCUGACGACUCGUGUUUACUGGAAGACAACUUGGAUGUUUUUCACGACAUACCAACCUUCUCCAUCCCUGACCCCUUUGACAUCCUUCUGGGGGCCGAGAAAGAUACGCUCGUCUUUACCACAGAGCUGUGUAGUUCACUCUAGUACUUUCAACAUGACUGAGAGUUGUGUUUGAUUUCCUAUCAAAAUAGAAGUCGUCCUUCUCUACAUUGCUGUCUCCAGCAAGAAAGGUAAAAGAAUGCGUUCAAUAUGUGAUGCGAAUAAUUAUUUCUAUGAGAGUGUUCUGACCUGCUUAGCUAACACUACUCGGUUUGGAGACGCGAGACACCGUGUGUAUCUAUCAUAAGGCGUUCAUGUAGUGAAUUAUGGUGUGUAUGUGUGUACCUAGUCAGGUAGUUCUGUCCCUUUCUGACUAAAAGUAUACGCGCAAAGGAAGGGACUUAACAAGCAACCAAGUCUUGAACACAAUGAGAUGACUGCUUGGGGUGUGCAACAUUCCACAAGUCACACACACAGAACCGCCACCUUGUGCGAUGCUAGUCUAUUGUGCCAUAUUGUGCCACCAGAGAAUAUCGAUCAUGUCAACUGGCAAAGAAAAUUGUCAUAAGUGACCUGUCAACGUUUCGUCGUGUGUGUUGCUUUCCAGUUUUAUUAUAUUAUAUUAUAUAUAUAUAUA